GUUGUGUUCAGUGUAUCGUCAACCGUAGUGCGGAGAACACGAGUUCUUAUUUCUUACGAAGAAUUAAUUCUUUAUCAUCUUUAUAUAAAUGCUUUAAUCGCUUUCGUAUAUCUUCUUUUUAUUUUCUUUUUAUUUUCUGAGAAAGUAUGGAAGGAUAAUUGUUUUUUUACAUACGAGAAAAUAAGCAGUUAUCGUUGUGAGAGAGAAAAAGAAAAAAAAAAGAUCAAAUCCAGUGCGACGAUAUAUGAAAUUCUUGGUGCGUUAAAUAAACUGAUCGUUUUAUUCAUUAACGAAUCUGAUUAAGUGUAAAAACGUGUUUAAAGAGGUUACAACUACGUUCCGAGGUCUGUCUUACGUUCUUAGCAUACACAACGAGCUAUGAAAUUAAAAAGAAUAGUUCAAGUAUAAGAAAGAAAAAAGAAAAAGAAAAACAAUUAGAUGACAUUUUAUUCUUUUUUUAUAUUGUUUGUUUAAUUGAUCAUUUAUUUGAUUGGUUUUGUUAGUAUUUAAAGUUAUAUACUAUCUCACACGAGAAUAUACGCAAAGUGAUUCAUCAAAAGGAAAAAAUAAACAAGAAGAAGAUUUUAUUACAUUUGAUAAUUGGAAAAAGAAACCGUGAAGAUGAAUUGGUUGAAUUUGUUGAGUUCGAUUUAUGAGACGAUCUGUUUUCUCGUGAGCUGCGCGAAGAUUAUCAUCGAAGGAAUUGUUAGGGCAUGUAUUCCAGUCAAGUUUCAAAUGAAGGACAUCCAAGGCGAGAUUGCACUUGUAACAGGCGGAGGUGGAGGUCUCGGAAGAUUACUGGCACUAAGACUAGCUAAUCUUGGGGUCAUCGUAGUUGUCUGGGAUAUCAACCAAGAAGGCAUCGAAGAAACCGUAAAAUUAGUCCAAGCUGCGGGUGGUACCUGUUAUGGUUACGUUUGUGAUCUAUGCAAUCGUGAGGAUAUUUACAAGAAAGCAGCAUUGCUAAGAGAAGAGGUUGGCAAGGUAUCAAUCUUGAUCAAUAAUGCAGGAGUAGUGAACGGUAUGAAAUUCUGCGAAACACCGGAUUAUCUUUUAAAACGUACGAUGGACGUCAAUAUAAUGAGUCAUUUUUGGACAGUGAAAGCUUUCCUUCCGGCUAUGAUGGAAAGUAAUAAAGGUCAUAUUGUUAGUAUAGCAAGUAUGGCUGGUUACGCAGGGAUUCCUAAAUUGGUUGAUUAUUGUACCUCUAAACACGCAGUCCUUGGAUUCGAUGAAGGAUUGAGAAUCGAAUUGGAGUAUGAAGGAUACGAUAACAUUAAUACAACUGCCAUAUGUCCGUAUUUCAUUCGCAGUACUGCCAUGUUUGGCAACAGAUACUACGGAUCUUUACCACAACUCAGUCCAAACGAAGUAGCAGAAACGACAAUAACAUCGUUGCGAUGCAAUCGUAAAUUAGUUAUGAUACCAAGUUACUUCCAAUUCUUUGUACCUUUCAAAUGGAUUUUCCCGUGGCCAUGCACUAGUAAAUUAUUUCGUACAAUGGUCAAAGAUAUUUUACCAGAUUAUGAAAAAAACGACAAAUCUACAGAUAAUAACAAAACAACAGAAAUACCUGUCAAGGAUCAGGACGAUUCUGCGAUUCAUCAACAAUUGACCAGGCAUAGUUCCUGUUCGGAAAGAGAACCAUAGAGAUUAUACCCCCUCAUGGGGGAAGGGCACGGAGGAAAAACUUUCUUUCUACAUGUUUUAUAGAACUUUUAUAUAAUACUUCGUUAAUACUUCGUUGUGCAAAAACCAAUGUGAAAUUUUUUCCUUUUUUUUUUUUUUUUACCACACAUAGAUGAUAGCUCUUAAUAAUUAAUAUUGCUUCAAUAAGUAAAUAAACGAUAUAAAAACAUGGAACGGAAAGUUUUUUAAAAAUACUCGGCAAUUAAUAAUGGUUGUAUAUUCGCUGACGUUUGUAAAAAAAAAAAAAAAAAUAAAAAA